UGGCGUUAAACCGCGCUCGUCGCCGUCGUCGCGACUCGUGUUCGUCGGCAAUCGUAUUUAGCUCUGGCCGCGUGGUGCCGGCAUCUCAGUCUCGUUUCGCUGUCACGUCGUUUCGUUCUAUAGUUCGCGAGUAAAGGGUGAACUCACCGAUAAAAAUUUUUAAUUGAAGCCUCCAUUAAAUCAUAUCACAUUUACGCAUUUACGAACGGUGUUUGUUCCAUUGUGCGUCUUCGAGCAUCGAAAUCAUCGGGAACGAGCCGGUACAAUUCGGCAUCCAGUUCUGAGAAGGUUAACUAGCUGACGGUUCGGCAAGGGUAGAAACAGAGAGAAGUAAAGAAAGAAUGGCGCCAAACGUCACCAGUACCCCGACGGGAGUACUAUACGAAGGAGAAACACUCGAUGAGACUAUCAUAAACGAAACGCCAAAAAUGAAGUACGAAAGACGCAUCGUCUGGAGGAACGUCCUGGUCUUCUUGUACCUUCACCUGGGAGCGAUUUACGGACUCUACCUCAGCUUCACUUCCGCCAAAGUGUUGACAGUCCUAUUUGCGUUCGUCUUAUACGUAACUAGCGGUUUGGGGAUCACAGCUGGCGCACACAGAUUAUGGGCACAUAAAGCGUACAAGGCGAAAUGGCCGCUCGAACUAGUGUUAAUGAUUUUCAACACCAUAGCCUUCCAAGAUGCAGUGCUCGACUGGGCCAGGGAUCACAGACUUCACCAUAAAUACAGCGAAACGAACGCGGAUCCCCAUAACGCGAAGAGGGGAUUCUUCUUCGCGCACGUGGGUUGGCUGCUGUGCAGAAAACAUCCGGACAUCAAAGAAAAGGGGAAAGGUAUCGAUCUCAGCGAUCUGAAAAGGAAUCCCAUACUUGCAUUCCAGAAAAAGUACUACAGAAUAUUGAUGCCAAUAUUUUGUUUCAUCCUACCGACUGCUAUACCAGUUGUGUGUUGGAACGAGACGUGGAAAAACGCUUACUUCAUUCCGGCGAUAUUGCGCUACGUUACGACGCUGAACGCCACGUGGUUGGUCAACUCCGCGGCUCAUCUGUUUGGGAACAAGCCGUACGACAGGUUCAUCAACCCCGCGGAGAACAAGGCAGUUGCCGUCUCAGCGUUCGGCGAGGGUUGGCACAACUAUCACCACGUGUUCCCAUGGGACUACAAAACGGCCGAGCUGGGCAACUACAAGUACAACAUAACAACAGGCUUCAUUGACUUAUGCGCGAAACUCGGUUUCGCGUACGAUCUGAAGGUGAUCCCUAGGGAUAUGGUGCAGAAACGCGUGGAGAGAACUGGCGACGGUACACACGAUCUCUGGGGAUGGGGCGACAAGGAUCAGACGCAAGAAGAAAGGGACCAGACAUUGGUGAUAAAUUGUGAGAAAACGAAGGAUCACUAGAAGUGGUCCGCAACAACGGCCGAUUAUUCGUUCUCACAGUCCCAGAACGACGGCCAGUUUAAUUUUUUUGUUUUUUUUUUGCAUAGCUCUUAAAACGGGAACGGGUUGAGCUAUCCGAAAAACAAUCGGGAUAUUUGGGAGAUAUCACACUUAAUAUUUUUAGUCACGCGAUUGUGCAAACGUCAGCUACGUCCAAUUUUCUACACGGUCAUCGCGCAUUUUCUAAUUGUCGCUCCGUCGAGACGGUUUGAAUCGAAACGAAAUCCAUUCUUGCAAGUCGAGAUCUCCGAAUUUAGAAGGGUUUCUUUCUCGGUAAUUAAAAUGAGAAGUAUGAUUAUCGGAUCGACGCGAGCCCGUCUAUUUUUCAAUUUGAAAUACCGUCCCACGCAUAAUGAUCGGUUUCCAAGAGGUUCCAAGGGUUAGUUGGAGAAAUUAAAUGUAGCUGAACCUGCGAUUACGCGACUGACUUGAUGGGUCAUUUGGCAGGUCCUAAAUGUUUUCAAUGAUAUCGGAGAGAGGAGGGGGAGGAGGUCGGAGUUCACCGUGAUCCAAGAAAUCGUUCCUCGAUUUCUCGAUUAUGUUCUAGAUAACGACAGACUCGUCUAAGCUCUGACGCUCGAUCGAAACGAACGCUAUCUGAACUCCAGCGCCCGAACACCGGCGCCAUUUUCCUAAAUUUCUCUGUUCCUUUCGCUCUCUGUCAUCCAGAACAUCGAGCUUCUCCAAACGAAAACAAGCAUGACAUUGAAACACACUCUCCCUCACGUCCGAACAUUAAACGCAACAUUUCUUGUAGGGGAUAAAUGUAAAUGUGUAUAAUAAAUGCGAAUUAUUAUUAUUAUUAUUAUUAUUGCUCGUGACGAGAAUCUCGCUGAACGUACCUUCCCUCUCCCUUCUUUCUUCUUCUUUCGCGUUCAUAAUCCCGUUCAUCGAUCAGCCGAUUCUGUUGUUCUCGCGAUCGCGUCGAAUCCAACAUCAGACAACAAGAGAUUCGUCACGCGACGGUUACAAAUAUAUUUAUCGAAUCGUGAACAGUUUUUCAAGUAUUCGAGCUUAUCGCGACCCAGUUCUUCAGAGUUGAUACCGAGGCUUCAUGGUGUAAAAUCCUUUAAAUUUCGGUUACUGCUCGCUGGCAUUGCAGCUUGCUUCUUCGGGCCUCGAAUCACGUACUCUCGAGGAAGCUGGCUGAAAUGUUGGCGAAACGUCCAAGUACCUCACUCCCUCGGUUACUAUCAAUCAUUAAGAUCAUCACCGCUGUUCGGGGUCUGUGAGAAUUCGUUUAUACGUAUAAUAGAAAGUUAUACGAUUUCUUUUCUAAUUUAAGGAUUAUCGUUCGAAUAUGUGUAUGUUAGUCAUUUAUAUUUGAUAAACCGAAAUUGAAAUUUACCUUCGCAUUGAAGUAAAGUUCACAUCAAAUACGAUGUACGAUUAUCGUUGUACUGUGGUAGUUUGAAACACCGAAGUACGCGAACACAACUUUUAGAUUAGUAGAGCUAAGUUUCAGUCGCAAGAAGCUUACGAAAAGCUUAUCAGGUACCUGAACCCAGACAAUUGAAGCGAUGUAUCACGCUUUCUAGUGUUACACACGAAACGAACACGUCUUUAACUUAUAAUCCCGGGCUGUUGGACGUUCGAAACGGGAUAGCGCGAUUGCAAUUUGGUUGGGAGUCAACGCGACGAAUACUACUAUUACUUUAAGAUGUAUACCAAAUCAGAUUUACACGUGUAUUUGUACGAAUUCUUUACGAGAUAAAACCGAACAUAAAAAGAAAAAACACAGCUUUAUACGAGUACUCUACACUUGAAUGGAAAACUUUCAGGAAAUAUACGUUUUUGAAAGAUUUGCACACGUCAGUUACAAUCGCUCCCCAACUUCGUGCAACCACGAAUAUUCGCCUCCAAAAUUCAAUUCGAACCGAUUUAUCAGCUCUAAAUUAGCACCAUAGCGAAACAAGAGUGUUAUCAAAUUGUCCAGUAGAUUUGUAUACAGCUGAACACGCCUAUCGCUUUAGCCUGAAGAAGUUCGAUUCCAGAGAAUCGAUCGGUCCUGAUUAACGAAUAACAAAGUGGCGUUGAAAACCACGAGAACCAAUGUAAUCAUAACGUCCUCGCUUCCUGUGUCCGUGACGUUUCCGUUGGAUGUACACGCAUGAGAACAAAUCACAUGAUAUGCGUAAAAACACUUUUCUAAGAGAGAUCAAUGUGUCUGUUCGCAACGUAAGCCGUGCGAGUUUUUGAAAACCUCCCACGUAUAGCUCUAAGGAUUAAUCUUAAUGAUGACUAAAAAGAUGUGUUGUUACCAGGAUAAAGGAACAAAUAUAUUCUGUUUUGUUACAAGA